UCCCACCUUCACCUUCAUAUAAAUAUUAAGUCCCACGUUCAGCUUCGAAAGCCAGAAUUGCAAACCCUCUUGAUUCCUCUUCAAAGUUUUUUCAUCGCUGCAAAGGGGUGAAAAAGCUUGUGUUUUUGUUUUAGUCGUUGCUAACAAAAGGGGUCACGUUUGAUUUGAUCUGAAAUUUCCUCAAUUAUUAUUGGUUUUAUAAUAAUAUAUAUUCUCUCAUCAAAUUAUUUAACAGUAUUCUCUGGCACUCUUAAUUGCCUCGGGUUGCAUAUCUUCUGUUUGAUUUAUUGCCUUUUCUGUCCCUUUUGAAUCUAAGGUUCCAAUUCUUUUGGGUCUCUAAUGGCAACUUGGGUUUUAUCAGAAUGUGGCUUAAAGCCUCUUCCACCAACAUUCCCUAGACCCAAAACUGGUAUUGUUAAUUCUAACUCUAACCCUUCAAAGGUUAGAUUUUUAAGCACAAAAAACAAUGGUGUUUCUUUUUCAGAUCCAAAGUUUCAAUCCAGAAGAAGCUUUACAAGUUCUAGCUUCAGGGAUAGAAACUUUGGGUUAAGGGUUAGUGCCCCUUUGAGGGUUAGCCCUAUUGAAGAAGAGGAAGUGAAGAAAGAUGUGAAAAUCAAUGGUGGUGGUGUUGAGAAUGAAGUUGGUGAAUUUGACCCUGGAGCACCACCACCAUUCAAUUUGGCUGAUAUUAGGGCAGCAAUACCAAAGCAUUGUUGGGUGAAAGAUCCAUGGAAGUCAAUGAGCUAUGUAGCCAGGGAUGUAAUUGUUGUUCUUGGAUUGGCUGCUGGUGCUGCUUACCUCAACAGCUGGCUUGUUUGGCCUCUUUAUUGGGCUGCUCAGGGGACCAUGUUCUGGGCACUUUUUGUUCUUGGCCAUGAUUGUGGCCAUGGAAGCUUUUCAAACAAUCACAAACUAAACAGUGUUGUUGGACACCUGCUACAUUCUUCAAUUCUAGUUCCUUAUCAUGGGUGGAGAAUCAGUCACAGGACUCAUCAUCAAAAUCAUGGCCAUGUUGAAAAUGAUGAAUCUUGGCACCCGUUAUCUGAGAAAAUCUUUAGGAGCCUUGACACCAUGACUCGGACUUUAAGAUUUACUGUUCCUUUUCCACUGCUUGCAUAUCCUGUGUACCUUUUUAGUAGGAGUCCAGGGAAGACUGGUUCUCACUUCCAUCCUGAUAGUGACUUGUUUGUUCCAAGUGAAAGAAACGAUGUUAUCACAUCUACAGCUUGUUGGUCUGCAAUGGUAGCAAUUCUUGUAGGAUUGGGUUUUCUAAUGGGUCCAAUUCCAUUGCUUAAGCUUUAUGGGGUACCUUAUCUUAUCUUUGUUAUGUGGUUGGAUCUUGUUACAUACUUGCAUCAUCAUGGCCAUGAAGACAAACUACCGUGGUAUCGCGGAAAGGAAUGGAGCUAUCUCAGGGGCGGUCUUACCACUCUUGAUCGCGACUAUGGUUGGAUUAACAACAUCCACCAUGACAUUGGAACCCAUGUCAUUCAUCACCUUUUCCCUCAGAUCCCACACUAUCACUUAAUCGAAGCCACUGAGGCAGCGAAACCAGUGCUUGGAAAAUAUUACAAGGAACCAAAGAAAUCUGCUCUGCUUCCAUUUCACCUCAUUGGAGACUUAGUGAGAAGUUUAAGGAGAGAUAAUUAUGUCAGUGACACUGGUGAAGUUGUUUACUACCAAACAGACUCUGAUCUCACUGAUUGAAAUUGAAGAUCUUGAUUU